AAUUUUUGGCAUUAAAAUACUCGAUCCUUCAGUCCAGCUCGGUCUAGAAGCUGCCGAUCCUCUUUGUGGCUCCUCAGUCCUCUCUAAUCCCUUCUCAAAUGGGCGACCCCACCGGCGCCGAUAACCGUCCAACUGCAGCUGGUCCGGCGAUCUUUCAGGGAACAGACUACUCCAUUUUCUGUACAACAGUAGCCCUCACCCUCUGGCUCGGCGCCAUCCACUUAAACGCCGUUCUCAUCAUCGCCUCUCUUCUUCUCCUUCCCGCCCGCAUCGCCGCCUUAGUCUUCGCAGUGCAGCUCUUCUUUAUGGUGAUUCCCCUGAAUGAUAAGGACAAGUUGGGGCGGAAGCUGGCAAGAUUUAUCUGCAAAUAUGCGGUUGGGUAUUUCCCUUUGACUCUCCAUGUUGAAGACAUUGAGGCUUUUGAUCCAAAUCAAGCUUAUGUGUUUGGUUAUGAACCACAUUCAGUCUUGCCCAUUGGUGUUUGUGCUCUAGCUGACCUUACAGGUUUCAUGCCACUACCAAAGAUUAAGGUCCUUGCAAGCAGUGCUGUCUUCGUUACACCAUUUCUUAGGCAGAUUUGGACAUGGCUGGGGCUAGUUCCAGCCUCGAGAAGGAAUUUUUACCAGUACUUGGAAGCUGGUUACAGCUGCAUCAUUGUGCCUGGUGGCGUACAAGAGAUGAUUCACAUGAAUCAUGAUUCAGAGGUCGCUUUCCUUAAACUGAGGAAAGGAUUUGUAAGGAUAGCAAUGGAGACUGGGCGACCACUGGUCCCUGUUUUCUGCUUUGGUCAGUCUCAUGUCUACAAAUGGUGGAAGCCAACAGGGAAAAUCUUUGUCCAGAUUGCUCGAGCAAUCAAGUUCACUCCUAUUAUCUUCUGGGGAAGACUUGGAUCUCCAAUACCUUUUAGGCAACCUAUGCAUGUUGUGGUAGGUAGGCCCAUUGAGCUCAAGAAAACUCCAAAGCCCUCGAAGGAUGAGAUAAAUGAGGUUCAUGAGCAGUUCAUUUCAGCACUGGAAGAUCUUUUUGAAAGAUACAAAGGAAGAGCAGGAUAUCCUGACCUCCAUUUGAGAAUUCUAUGACAUCUCAGCAUUGCAACGAUGGCUUGGAAAACAAGCUGGAUCAUUGUAGUUCAUCCUUCCAAACUUUAAAAAAUCCUAGUAAAAAUAAAGAGGCGUAGGAUUGGAGGAUGAUGAUGUAACAAAACAAUCAGUCUCCAGUCACUCCUAGAGCUUCAAGGUCAGUUUGUAUGGAAUUAUAUUCUAGUGAAAUAGAACGAAAUCUUAUAGUUUUCCAUGUGAAAUAUUUGUCACACUUUUUUCUA